AUGAAGCGUAAACACGAUCGCGCCCGAAAACGUGCUGAGUUCGAGUUGGCCGGGGACAGUUCCUCGGAGUUUGCCGCAAACGAGGAAGUGCAGCAGCCCGACGUACAAGGGAACUCGACUCAAUCGAAACCGACCACAAUUGCAGUUCCUGACGUUGAGCAAGAUAACGAGACCAGUACCGAUUUGGUUCAAACCGAAUCGCCUCCGGCACGCCAGACAAACGGAGAUGGGAAUAGUGUCUCGGAAGAGGAUGAGCUAUUGACUGCCGAGGAAGGCUUGGAUCAGCCCGAUUCGUGCGGAGACACGAAUGUCAACGCGGAAACUGCGCAGAAUGACCAGAUUGCAUUAGACAAAUGCGAAGAACCAGUGACGGAUAUCUCAGUCCUGGACACUGAAGAAGUCCCUGGGAAUGUGCUGGACACGGAACCGAAUUCACACUGGAGUCCAAGUAAGUGGGAACCCUUAGCUGGGACAAUGGUAAAUCCUGUGCUUGGGGCGGGGGCGGGUGACUGCCAUCAUUUUCGCAGUACAUUUAAGACUGGAAGUUUGUUGGAAUAA